AUGACCAAUGAGGAACACGCCCUGUACCGGGGCGUGGCACUGGGGAGCCCACCCCGGCCGCAUGCCAAUCAGCAGCACCCCCGCCCCACCUCUCAGCCGCCCGACAAGCCAUGUGGGCCCUGCGGGCCGCCGUACGCCCGGGACUGCGGCUCUCCCGCGUGGGCCGUGGCCUCCCGGCUCCGAGGGCAGCCGCGCCGUCCUGCCCCGCGCGCGCGCUCGCCACUGUCCGCCGCAGGGGCCCCGGGAAUCUGGAGGGGUCAUGGGGCGGAGGCGGGGUCUGCGGGCGGACGGCGGCCGAUGCCGCGCGGAAGACGACGAGGAGGAGCCGGAAGAUGCGGACGAGAAGGCGGAGGAGGAGCUGCUGCAGGGAGAGCCUCUGCUGCCGGCGGGGACGCAGCGCCCGAGUGGCAGGUGGCGGAGGCCACAGCACUGGUGCACACGCUGGACGGCUGGUCCGUGGUGCAGACAAUGGUCGUAUCCACCAAAUCACCGGACAGAAAGCUCAUCUUCGGCAAAGGAAACUUCCAACACCUGACAGAAAGAACUGGAAGCCGCGUGGAGGUGUUUGACCGCUUCACCGUCCUGCACAUUUCCGGUGCCACGUCCGCAUGAAGGAGUGGCCAGGAAUCCCCUACUGUUUUAAAAGGAACAUUUGUAGCCAGGAACAGACGUGCACAGGGGGCCCUGUGUACAGAGCGGGCCAGGCUCGUGUCUCUGUCGUUCUGAGGCUGCUGUCUGGGCUCCCGUGUGCCGGCAGCCCUGGGGAAACAACACGGACCCUGACCAGGGGUGGGGGCUCCAUGGAGCCAGGAAGAUGCUGUGUAUAUGUGUGUGUGUGUGUC